AUGCAUAAAGAUGCUGUCUGUGUGCUGCUUGUGGGUCCGGUGGUUGGGCAGGCGGCCGUUCUGUACGAGGGGAGACCUGAGGUCAACCUACCUCAACCUACCCCCGGGCUUCCAGAGGGGAGACCUGAGGUCAACCUACCCCAGGCUUCCAGCCUCCCCCCCCUACCUACCUCAGGCUUCCAGAGGGGGGAGAGACCUGAGGUCAGACCUACCCCCCCGCCCCCUACCUCAGGCUUCCAGAGGGGAGACCUGAGGUCAACCUAUCCCUUCCAGAGGGGAGACCUCAACCCCUACCUCAGGCUUCCAGAGGGGAGACCUGAGGUCAACCUACCCCCCAGCCUCCCCCCCGCCCCCUACCUCAGGCUUCCAGAGGGGUCAGACCUGAGGCUCAGAGGGGGAGACCUGAGGCUUCCAGAGGGGAGACCUGAGGUCAACCUACCCCCCCCCCCCCCUACCUCAGGCUUCCAGAGGGACCUGAGACCUGAGAGGGGAGACCUGACCUCAGGCUUCCAGAGGGGAGACCUGAGGUCAACCUACCCCGCCCCCUACCUCAGGCUUCCAGAGGGGAGACCUCAGGUCAACCUACCCCCCCCCCCUCAGGCUUCGAGGGGAGACCAUCACAUACUUCUGAGUGAGGGGAGACCUGAGGUCAACUUCCCAGGCAGUAGCCUGCCUAGCUUCCAGAGGGGAGACAAACUCCCCCCCCUCGCCAAUCAGAGCGCCCACUCCGACAAGGUUAAUUGA